CAAAGAACUUUGACGGUUACAAAUGUAAAGAUAUAAAGUGUCUCGUGCAAAAAUGAUCAUAAUAAACCAGUAAUGAACGAACAAAACAUGGAAUCUAACGGUCAAUUAGUAAACAACACUAAAAACGCAGAUGAAGAAAAAACGCCAGAAAAAAUAACCAUAACUAUAGACCAAACGGACGGCGGGAAAACUGACAACAACGGAAUAAAACCACUAGAAGUAAAAAAACAAAAUGGCGGAGAAAAAGGAGAUUCCAAGGACUUGUUGGGAGUUCCAAGGAAUGGACACCGCAUGUCCUUUAUGGAAGAGGAGAGUGCGAAAGAAAGGAUGCGGCUGUCACUACUGAAGCAAUGCUCCGGGAUUCUGAGACAAGGAGACCAGAAGUACAAUAAGGAGACCCUGCACAAAGCAUUUCAGGAUGAGGACCUACUGGAGCGCGUGUUUUGGCUCUUCGACACGGAACGACAGGAUGAGUUGGUGCAGGCUGACUGGAUAGAAUUCCUGAAGGCAAGACUCACUGAAGAGAAGCAGCUGGAGCUGAUAGAACACAUCGAAAGCGUUGCUUACUUGACGUGCGGCAGUGAACAUGUUGAUCUCGACACCUUCCAGUUGAUCCUGAGGAACAGACUGGUGACAGCCCGCCUUUUCAAGGUGGUGGAUACAGAUGGUGACGGCUACGCAACCGUCGACGAUAUCAUGGAGUUCCUGUCCACAGCAUCAAGUACAAGCCCUCGCGUCGGGUUUGACCGGCACAGCGUGGACCAACUUGAGCAGCUGUUCCGGCAGACGGUGGGGGACCAGAAGGAAAUCACCAGAGAACAGUUUGAGAAGAUAUUGGUCUCGAAAAACCCCUUCUUCACGGAACGCGUGUUCCAAAUCUUCGACGAAGACGACUCCGGUGCGAUAUCGCUCCAGGAGUUCAUUGCCGCCGUGCACCGCUUCGCGGGCCAGUCGCACGAGGACAAGAUCCGGUUCCUUUUCAAAGUCUACGAUCAGGAUGGUGACGGUCUUAUCCAGCACCGGGAGCUCCAGCACGUGAUGCGAGCGUGUAUGGAGGAGAACGGGAUGACGUUUAGUGAGCAACAGCUGUUGGAACUGACGACGGCCAUGUUUGAAGACGCAGACACCGAGCAGAGGGGCGCCAUCACGUAUGAGGCGCUGCGGGGACAGCUGGACCGACACGGAGGGUUGCUGCAUAAUCUGUCCAUUAGCAUCGAUCGUUGGCUAAUUCCGGCCACACAGCCUCAGCGCAUGUCUCUACGCCACCGACUCUCUUCUCUCAAGCCUUAUCAGUUCUCUCUCCCUUACUUCAAGAACAACUAUGUGUUUAUCAUCUUUACUGGCUUGUUCUUUCUAGUGAACAUUGGGCUGUUCGUCGCUAGGAUUGUGGAGUACCAGGGGUCGAAUGGUUUUGUUAUUAUGGCUAGAGCUUGUGGUCAGUGCCUUAACUUCAACUGCGCCUGGGUGCUUGUGCUGAUGCUGCGGCUGUGCAUCACGCAGCUUCGCGUGCGCGGCGCCAGCAAUUUCCUUCCCCUCGAUUAUCACAUCUACCUACACAAGCUUACCGGCGUGCUGAUAGGCAUCUACAGCAUCGUCCAUACUAUCAUGCACAUCUGUAAUUUCAGUUUGAUAGUAGUGAAUGACCCGAAACUCAACGCUGCUAACUUCUCAACCUGGGAGUGGCUGCUGACAGAGCGCCCGCACCUCUUCGGACUGGUACACGGCUGUGCCAAUCCUACUGGUUUCGCGCUGGUGGUUAUCCUUGCAGUAAUGUGUGUCUGCAGUCAACCCUUCAUUCGCCGAGGGGGUAGCUUUGAGAUCUUCUACUGGACACAUCUUCUGUACGUGCCGUUUUGGCUACUGCUGCUGUUCCACGCGCCCAACUUCUGGAAGUGGUUUGCGUUGCCUGGCACACUGUACAUUGCCGAGAGAAUCAUCCGACUCGCUGCAAUGAGAUCUAACCACGGCAAGACAUAUAUCUCUUCAGGAAUCCUACUGCCUUCACGUGUGACGCAUUUAGUGGUGCGUAGGCCGCCUAUCUUCGAUUUUCACGCGGGUGACUACGUGUUCGUCAACAUACCAGCUAUAGCGCGGUAUGAGUGGCAUCCUUUCACUAUCAGCAGCGCUCCCGAUCAAGAAGAUUACAUCUGGCUGCACAUUCGGGGGGUUGGUCAGUGGACCAACACGCUAUAUGAAUAUUUCGAAAAAGAACACGCUAGGCUGCACGCCGGAGACGUACCCGCUGAGCAUGAAAAAGUAACCAGAACGGGUUCUAAUCAAAGUAACAAGAGUAAGCGCAAAGGCUCUUCUGGAGACGGCAAGAAGCGCUCAGUUGACUUUUCGCCAGAAGUGAAAGAGUACAGCAACGAGGGUUUCACUUUAGAUGAGGACAAGGAGAUGGAUUUUAAAGCAUUGUCACCUUCUCCCAAUGGCCGUCCAACGCUGCUUACUUUAACUCCAAUGAAACACUUGGAGAAAUCUCGCUCCAUGCCCGAUGUCCAUAACAAAGACAAGAAUAAACAACGGCUCUUAGCAUUGCAGGACUACCCUCGCUCCGAGUCGGAGCGAAGCUUUGACGUCGGGUCCAUGGCCAGCGCGCGCCGCUCCGCGCUGGGGCUUGCUUACAAAAGUCCGCAGAACAGGGCGCUGGCUCAUAGCUUCAGGUACAUGCGCAUAAAGCCGACGAUCAUCGCAUUCAAGACGCCGAGCCUGGAGAGCUGUGAACAGCGCCGUCGAUCCAACGAGAGCAUCCUCACCGUCGCUCGACGGCGGCUAUCCAAGAGUCUGUCUCCAGACAAGGAUCUGGAGAAUCCGCCUGCCAUCACCGUGCAAAGCCCCAGCGAGGCCUCCACCGCUGAGUCGUUCGCCAACUAUCCUGUAGGGAAGCCGCUCGAGAUAUAUCUCGACGGGCCGUAUGGAGCAGCAUCCUCGCACAUCUUCCGUGCAGAGCACGCUGCGCUCAUCGCUGCAGGCAUCGGAGUCACUCCCUUUGCAUCUAUUUUGCAGGCGAUUAUGUACCGGUAUUGGAACUCACGAAACGUCUGUCCUCGCUGCGAUCACAAGUGGGUUUCGAACAUCGCACAGAACAACAUGAAUCUCAGAAAGGUGGAUUUUUUCUGGAUAAACCGGGAGCAGCGCUCCUUUGAGUGGUUUGUGUCCCUGCUGUCGCAACUCGAGAUGGAGCAGGCAGAGAGCGGCGCGCGCUUCCUUGAGAUGCACAUGUACAUCACCAGCGCGCUGCAGAGGAGUGACAUGAAAGCCGUAGGGCUUCAGCUAGCGCUAGACUUGCUUCAUGAGAAGGAGAAACGUGACCUGAUCACAGGGCUGAAGACCCGCACGAACGCGGGCCGCCCCAACUGGGACAAGGUUUUCCAGCAACUUCAGGAACAGAGGAAAGGGAAGGUAACAGUGUUCUACUGCGGGCCGCCGCAACUCGCGCGCAUCUUGCGCGUAAAGUGCGACCAGUUCGGCUUCAACUUCAGGAAGGAGGUGUUUUAAAUGCAAUCUCCUGGUCAGCGGCAUUCAGACUAUAAACGCCUGAUUUUGAUCCCAUUUUAAACUCAGUGCAUUUUGGAUAUGUACUGAGGGUAAAGUUAAUUUAAUAUAGAGUCGAUAUAGAUUAUUUUAAGUUCGAAGUCCUCUGAGUAUUCAUAUUUAUAAAACGAGUAGGUACUGUAUAAAAUAAUAUACGCUUCCUGCGGGCUAAAAUAAUUAUAAUUUAGGUUACGUGUAAAAUAGCUGAUUAAAAUAACUAUUUAUUGAAAUGGAAAUCAAAAGGUAAAAGAAAAACUGUGUAUUUAAUAAACGUAUGCGUAAAAUAGGUAAAAUUUAUGUUAUAAGUAUUUCACUUGUUACUGCCAUGAUUAUAACUUUAAAAUGUUAUCAUGAGUGUCGUAUUAAGUUUAAUUACAAAUAAAUAACAUAUUAUAAAGUAAAGAAUGAUAUGAAUCAACAUCAAAAAUGCAAUAAAAUAGAAAGAAAUAUUUUUAACCUACCUAUAAUUUGUCAUCUUGUAAAUAGAAGUCAGCACAGACUUUUAUUUUUAAAAGUAUGUCAUAUGGAGCAACUUACCUCGUCGAUGCGUUUGUCAAGUCUACAGACGAGUCUACUCGUUAGGUGAUUUGUUAUCAUAUAUGGAGCAACUUACCUCGUCGAUGCGUUUGUCAAGUCUACAGAUUCAAUAUUCGCGGGAUUCAGGGUUAUAAUUCGGGGCACUUAAUAAAUAUGUAGGGGCAAGUACCUGCGGAUGGUUUACUUGGCUUUGCUUGGACGCUGCCGAUGCCGGUAUUUAAAGAACUACUUACGAUAGGCUACCAGUGUAUCUAUCUAUACAUAUAAUAAAGCGGAAGAGGGUCGAAAGUCUGUACAUGGAAGAUAUUCGAAAAAAAAUUGGCUGGGGAUACUUAGAAUCGAUAACAGAACACGUUCCAACAGUUUUUAGAAUUUUUGUCUGUUUGUCUGUUUAUCUGUUUGUCUGUUUAUUUGACCGCGCAUCAAAUGAAAACGGCUGAACGAAUUUUGAUACAAACUUUACUAAUCUGUCAAAAAAAUCCACAGCCAGGUUAUAGGCUAUAAAAUUUUAGAAAUUUUACCCCUAAGGGGGUUAAAAAGGGGAUGAAAGUUUGUAUGGGGUUCAAGAUUUAUCUUAAGCUAGCAAUUUGAAAUUUCGUAAAAAGAAUAUUAUUGAAAUACAAGAAAACUGAUUUCAGCGUUUUUGAAAAUUCAUCCCCUAAGGAGGUGAAAGAGGUUGAAAGUUUGUAUGGAGAUCAAUUUUUUUUUCGAGUGCGUUAGUUGAAACUUUGUAUAGGGCAUAUUAUUAUAAUACAGGAAAAGUUAUUUCAGCGUUUUUAAGAAUUCGUCCCCUAACGGGGUUAAAGGGGGGUUGAAAGUUUGAAUCCAUGACAAAUGCUUUGAAACUUCUUAGAAAGGUAAAGGUUUUUGAAAAUUUAACCCCUCAGGGGGUUGAAAAGGGGAUGAAAGAUUGUCUUGGGGUGCAAAUUUUAUUUUAAGCUAGGUAAUUGUAACUUUGCAAACAGGUAUUAUAUUAAAAAGUUACUUUCAGUGUUUUUAAAAAUUCAUCCCCCAAGGUGGUGAAAAAGGGGUUAAAAACUUUAUCUAGGCCAAGUUAGGUAUCGUUUUUGUAUGAAUCGGGUAUGCCGAAUUCAUUUAUAAUAUCAAAAUGACACCAUUCUGGAGUGAAAACACAAAAAAUAUGACGAAAAAAAUUUUUGUUUUUUAAAUUCCUCCACGCUUAAACCGCUGAACCAAUUUAGUUUAAAUUUGGUAUAUGUAGAGAUAGUUUGAGUCCCAGGGAAGAGCAUAGGAUAGUUUUAAUCUCAAACAUCAUCCCUUAAGGUUGAAAGUUUGUAUGGAGAUCAAUUUUUUUUUCGAGUGCGUUACUUGAAACUUUGUAUAGGGCAUAUUAUUAUAAUACAGGAAAAGUGAUUUCAGCGUUUUUAAGAAUUCGUCCCCUAACGGGGUUAAAGGGGGGUUGAAAGUUUGAAUCCAUGACAAAUGCUUUGAAACUUCUUAGAAAGGUAAAGGUUUUUGGAAAUUUAACCCCUCAGGGGGUUGAAAAGGGGAUGAAAGUUUGUCUUGGGGUGCAAAUUUUAUUUUAAGCUAGGUACUUGAAACUUUGCAAACAGGUAUUAUAUUAAAAAGCAAAAAAUUACUUUGUGUUUUUAAAAAGUCAUCCCCCAAGGUGGUGAAAAAGGGGUUAAAAACUUUAUCUAGGCCAAGUUAGGUAUCGUUUUUGUAUGAAUCGGGUAUGCCGAAUUCAUUUAUAAUAUCAAAAUGACACCUUUCUGGAGUGAAAACACAAAAAAUAUGAAGAAAAUUUUUUUUGUUUUAACUCCUCUUCACGCUUAAACCGCUGAACCAAUUUAGUUUAAAUUUAGUAUAUGUAGAGAUAGUUUGAGUCCCAGGGAAGAGCAUAGGAUAGUUUUAAUCUCAAACAUCAUCCCUUAAGGGUGUGAAAAGGGAGGUGGAAAUUUGUAUGGGAUUCAACAACCGCUGAACCGGUUUAGAUAAAAUUUGGUAUAGAGAUAGUUUGAGUCCCGUAAAAGAACAUAGGGUAGUUUAUAUCCCAAAAAAAAAAUACCUUAAAACUGAAAAGGAAGGUCUAACAUUGUAGGGGAAAAAAACAUUUUUCAGUAAAUGUCAAACGAUUUGGGACUUAUACGCUUUACCAUGCCUUCCCGAAAAAAUCGAAUCUUUCGCAAAAGUCUCGCAACGCAUUGAGGCUACAAGGGGCACGGUCUCAGGAGUCUGAGAAAGACCACGGUGAGACUUAGUGGCGCUCUAGCUAGGCAGGUCGCUUCACUUUAGGCUGAAACGGCUAGCCAGCGCGAGCCUCGAUUGUGAUCCCAAAGACAUCGUACGCAAUACAUAUGUAGGCGCAGAUCCUGACGGAGUGUGGCGCCGGAGAAGCCGUGUUCAUCCCGCGCAUCCCCCUCAUCCCGAGCAAGGUCCCGUUCCGCUUCAAGCGCCUACUGGUCCCCGUGAGCGUCUGCUUCGUCAUGACCAUCAACAAGUCGGAGGGGCAGACGCCGCCGGCGUCAUGCUUAGACUGAUUUGACUGGAGGACCGAUUUGAAUGAAAUUUGCCAUGGACAUGAUUUGGAUAGGUACAGUCAAGGAUAAAAUACAAAAAUGGUACUGUAUCGUUCGAUAUAUACGUGAUUUAAACGACAUAGAAUAAAUAGUAGCUCUAUGUCGUUUAAAUCACGUCGAAAAUUUGAAUAAGGGCAAAAAAUAAAAAUGAUUUUGGAGUGUAGUUUUAUUUAGUGGUACCUAAUUGUAAAAUAUUUUAUCUGGACUAUAGUUCUCUAGCGUAUCCAUCUAUUAACUUUACUUCAAGUUCCGCCUCCAGGGGAGAGGGAGAUAAAUUAGGGGUGAAUUAGCCGCUUACUGAUACAGACCGAAUUCCACGCAGACGGAGCCGCGGGCACAGCUAGUGAAUAAUAAUUAAAAUUGAGGCAGACACAAUUACCUAUUUAUAUUAUUGUUGUUUUGGUGACAAUCCCCAAACCAGCCCCAAACAUAUUUUAGGUGUUAUAGAUACAUGUAUACUAAUAAUUAUAUAAUAUAUUGUAUAAUAUAAUAAUUAUAUAGUAUAAUAAUAAAUAAUAUUACGAAGUCAACAUACGAGUAUAAGUAACUUACUACUACGAACCAACUUCUCUAACCACUGCACUGGUUGAUUUUUUCAAGGUUCUUCUUCUAUCUUAAUGUAAUCUUGUCUUCGGGUUUAGAUAAUGACUGUAAGUAACUCUUUCCAACUAAACAAUGAACAUCCCGUUUUUUGCGGGUAUACGGUUUUCUGCAGGAUCCCGUUUUAGUAGUAUACGUGCUUAUAAUUAUUAUAGUAACGUUCACACGAGCAUUCCGAAUUAUUGUCUUGAUUAUAAUCAAGUUUACGCAAGGCCGGACCUUAAAAAGCCAUUCCAAAUCCAAAUUAUUUAUUUGAUAAACAUACAUAAGUAUGUGUCACUAUGCUUCACCAUAUGGCAUACAAAUAGUUACUAAAGACAUGUAGCGUGCAUUUAAAAUUAAAACUUAAUAAAUAAUAAAGUAAUACACGACAAAUCAAAAGGUUAUAAAGUUUCCACUGUCUGACAAAAAAUAUUGGAUUGAGUAAGUAGUAGGUAGGUAGUAGUGAGUUGCUUGUUUAGUUAUUAAAAAAUCAUACACUUUAUUAUUAUUUUUUUAAUCAAUACCGCCCUGUUAGAGAUUUCCAUACUGUAUUAAUUUAAUUCCCAAAUACUUCGUCUUAUAUUCAUACUUGUGCUUAAAAAGCAAUAUUACAUGUUAGAAUGCUUUGUUAAGUUGCCAUAAUUAAGUCGGUACAUAGGGUUAUAGAGUUAAAGAUAUUUAUUACUUACAGCUUGUGAUACAUUGUAAUACAGUUACCUAGUUAAUAAAAACAUCAGUGUUCAUAUUAGUGUUAGGAAAUUAUACAAAUUGUUUUGACUAAAUAUAUAGAACAACAGACAGACGACAACAGAUAGACAAUAUAUAGAAUUGUAUUUUUGAAUAAAGAAAUUGUUUCGAUAAA